CCUACGUACAAUUGCCCAGGGUUCUUAGAAUUCGCUUUAUUCUUUCUCCGUUUCAUAUUCUGCCUCUAAUCACCGCCAUAAUUGUUUCAAUCCAUGUUUAAUAAUUGCGACCCGCGCCAAUGCGAUAGUCAACCUCAGAUAAACCAGCGCUUUCCUCGAAUGAUGGUUGCGAAUAUCUUAUAUCUGAUUCUUGCAUAAUGGACCCGCCAAAUAUUUCACCCCAGUUAGAUCGGCUCGACGAUGAACUUGAUAACCUUGAGGAAGCCCUACAGCCCAUCCUUGGUAACAUCUCGGAUGUCGCUAAUAAGCUGCCCCUGCUCGACAAGGCCAAGCUCUACGUGCUUGCGACCUAUUCCAUCGAAUCGAUGCUCUUUUCUUCCCUUCGACUCAAUGGCGUCGAGGCAAAAGAACAUCCCGUCUUCAAGGAACUCGCCCGCGUACGACAAUACUUUGACAAGAUUAAAAAUAUCGAGACUCCCCCAGCGAAGCCCGAGCAUACCCUUAACAAGGAAGCCGCCAUUCGAUUCAUCAGAGCCGACUUAGCCGAGAACAAUAAUAAGAUAGUCAACACUAAGCUAAGCGAAAUGAUCGCGAAGGAACGCGCCAAAGCCGCCCUAAAGGCUGCUCAAGCAAGUAGCAAGCGAAAGGCCGAGAUAUCUAUACCGCCAGUAGAGCCCAAUACCGAAUCUAAUGCCGAAGAGGUUGACUUGGAAAUUUCACGGAAGAAGAACAAAAAAGAGAAAGAAGACAAGAAGCACAAAGACAAGAAAAAUAAGAAAUCUUCCAAGUAAGAUAUGGAAUUCAUGGGCGUCGCGAUUAAAACCGAAACUUGCAGCGCCAUCAUCUACCACAGCUUCCGUUUCUACUCAUAGAAGUCGAGGAUGCGUAUUAGGAGGGUCGAAGAAUUGCUUUAUAAUCUCUAAUAUGUUGCGCCGAGAUAUGCUAAGUUGGAGAACUAAUUCAACGCCCUAGCAAGGCGAGCGAAGGAAAGCGAAGGGCCCUCGGACCAAGUGAGCUUAGCAGGUUAGCAGAUUGCCA